CUGACAUAUUUGGGGCCAUUCUCCUCCUUUGUUGCUAUUUUGCUCGCGACCCGCGGGUAAUCCCCGCGCGGGAGGGGGGCGCGCAUUGUGGCGCUGACGGACGGGUCCAUUUGGCGGCUCGGCGCCCCGGAGGAGACACACAAAGCCUCGGCACGUGCGCCUCGCAUAGAGGAGCAGCGGACCGUGCAGUGAGGCGGGGCCGGGCGUGUGCCGGGCCGGGCGGGCGGGGCGGCGGCGCCGGGCGGGGCGGCGACGGGGCGCACGCGGGGGGCCCCUUGCCCUCAGGUACAUCUGCCGCACCUACCGGGCGACCCCGGCGUCCCGACUCCCUUUUGGCUGCCCCGCCGCCCUCCCACCCCACCCGGCGGCGGAGCUGCCGGCGCGCUGAUUGGCUCCGGGGGAAGCGGGAGGCGAGAACAAUGGCCCCCUCCCCCCGUUAAAAGGGAGCGGCUGCGGGGCCCGGGCACUGGGGCGCGCACGCAGGGCGCAGAGCCGGGCCAAGCUGCCGCCGCCGCCGCCGCCGGCGCCACGCGAGUCCCGCCGCCGCCGCCGCGCUCGGGGCAUGGGCCGGGGCCACUGAGGCCGCCACGGCCGAGCGCGGAGGCGGGACCCGGCCGGCGCCUGGCCCUCGCGCCGCGCCACCAUGCCGCGCGGAUUCCUGGUGAAGCGCAGCAAGAAGUCCACCCCCGUGUCCUAUCGAGUGCGCGGCUGCGAGGACGGCGACCGCGCGCUCCUGCUGUCGCCGGGAUGCGGGGGCGCCCGCCCCGAGCCCCCCGCGCCGAGCCCGGGGCCCGGGCCGCUGCCCCGGCAGCCGCCGCCGCCAGCCGAGCGCGCCCAGGCGGCCCUCGCCGCCGCGCUCGUCUGCGCGCCGCGCCCGCUGCCGCCCCAGCCGGGCCCGCGGGCCGCGCACUUCGGCAACCCCGAGGCCGCGCACCCCGCGCCGCUCUACAGCCCCACGCGGCCCGUGAGCCGCGAGCACGAGAAGCACAAGUACUUCGAGCGCAGCUUCAACCUGGGCUCCCCGGUGUCGGCCGAGUCCUUCCCCACGCCCGCCGCGCUGCUCGGAGGGGGCGGCGGCGGCGCGGGCGGCGGUGGCGGCACCUGCAGCGGCGACCCGCUCUUCUUCGCGCCCGCCGAGCUCAAGAUGGGCACGGCGUUCCCGGCGGGGGGUGCCGAGGCGACCCGCGGCCCGGCGCCCGGGCCCCCGCUGGCCCCGGCCGCCGCCUCCCUGAGGCCCCCGGGCAAGCGGCCCCCGGCCCCCGCCGCCGCCGAGCCUCCCGCCAAAGCAGCCAAGGCUCCGAGCGCCAAGAAGCCCAAAGCCAUCCGCAAGCUGCACUUCGAGGACGAGGUGACCACGUCGCCGGUGCUGGGGCUGAAGAUCAAGGAGGGCCCGGUGGAGGCGCCGCGGGGCCGCGCGGGGGACGCGGCGCGGCCGCUGGGCGAGUUCAUCUGCCAGCUCUGCAAGGAGGAGUACGCCGACCCGUUCGCGCUGGCGCAGCACAAGUGCUCGCGCAUCGUGCGCGUGGAGUACCGCUGCCCCGAGUGCGCCAAGGUCUUCAGCUGCCCGGCCAACCUGGCCUCGCACCGCCGCUGGCACAAGCCGCGCCCGCCACCCGCCGCCGCUGCCGCCGCCGCCGCCCGGGCGUCCGAGCCCGAAGCCGCCGCCAGGGCUGAGGCUCGGGAAGCCACGGGCGGCGGCGGCGGCGGCAGCGACCGCGACACGCCGAGCCCCGGCGGCGUCUCCGAGUCGGGCUCGGAAGACGGGCUGUACGAGUGCCACCACUGCGCCAAGAAGUUCCGCCGCCAGGCCUACCUGCGCAAGCACCUGCUGGCGCACCACCAGGCGCUGCAGGCCAAGGGCACUGCGCCGCCCGCGCCCCCGCCGCCGCCGGAGGACCUGCUGGCCUUGUACCCGGGGCCCCAGGAGAAGGCGCCGCCGCAGGAGGCGGCCGGCGACGGCGAGGCGGCGGCCGGGGCGCUGGGCCUGAGCGCCCCCGCCGAGUGCCACCUGUGCCCGGUGUGCGGGGAGACGUUCCCCAGCAAGGGCGCCCAGGAGCGCCACCUGCGCCUGCUGCACGCCGCCCAGGUGUUCCCCUGCAAGUACUGCCCCGCCACUUUCUACAGCUCGCCCGGCCUCACGCGGCACAUCAACAAGUGCCACCCUUCUGAGAACAGACAGGUGAUCCUGCUGCAGGUGCCCGUGCGGCCGGCCUGCUAGAGCGCGCCCUCCCUCCCGGCCCUCCAAACUGUGCCUUCGCCGCAGACCCACGGAGAGAGCGCGCGCCCCGCGCGCCCAAACCCGCGUCCGAGCCGGGGGGCGCCCACCCCCGGUCAAAGUGUUGUCUCCGCUUCUCUUGAUGUGGCGUGACGGUCACCCCGAUCCUGUCAUUGUGACUCCCUUUGGAGCUCCCUUUUGCGUUGUGUCACUUUCCCCCCACCCCGCCUUGGCGCAGCAGGAGCCGAUCCCUUCUGUACCCGGGAGAAGAGCCCUGCGCGUUUGUCUCGUGGUUGGAAGCCUCCCUCGGAGGGGAGAGCGGUUUUCCUUGCUAGUUAUUCGCUGUGUUCAUGGUCUAGAAAUGCGGUUUGCUCUCGCCUACCAGUUUCUGCUCUCUAAUGUAUGUAGCGUACGGGUUGUUUUUUGGGUGAACCUUGAGGAAUCAAUGCCUUUAUCUUUCACAGGCUGUAAAUUGAACUUCCCCACACGAUUAGCUUUAUUAUGGCUUGUGAACUGCUGGAGUUUGGCUUUACCUUUUUGUAUGUGAACAAA